ACGCUGCUUGUAUCGGUUAUGCACGGAAGCGACCUUUGACAGUUUGUGAUGAAGUAGCGUGUGUGUAAACGAGGCAGCACCAUGACCACGAAGAUACCACAAGUGAAGCUGAAAUGGCUGGAGCACCUAAACAGCUCAUGGAUUGCUGAGGAGAGUGAAUCCAUUUCCACACGUGAAGGUGUGGCCUUACUCCACUCAAAGCUCCUGGCCAAUAAAGAGGUGGUGCUACUCCCUCAGCAGGUGCUGUGCUUCAAAGGACCUCAGCUGCCAGACUUUGAGCGUGAUUGUCUGUCAAGCGAUGAACAGGAGCACUACCUGGAUGCACUGCUGGCCAGCCAGCUAGACUUGGCUAAGACCGUGUGCUCAGAUUCACCAUUUGCUAGUUCACUGCGCAAGCGUCUUUUGGUGUUGCAGCGCAUCUUUCAUGCACUUUCAAGCAAAUACCAUGACAGGGGGAAGGCAAAGCAGCAGCAGAACUCUGGUGACAAUUUACUGAGCUCGGCCGAGCUGCAGGCGGCGAGUGAGAGGCCACGCUCCAGCACGGACACGCUAAUUGAAAUGGGUGUGCGAACUGGCUUGAGCCUGCUCUUUGCACUGCUACGCCAGAGCUGGGCUCUGCCCACCGCUGUGCCUGGGCUAAGCCUCUGUAAUGAUGUGAUCACCACAGCAAUAGAGGUAGUAGGGUCACUGCCAGCACUUUCUCUGGCCAAUGAGAGCAAGAUUCCACCCAUGGGCUUGGACUGCCUGAUGCAGGUCACAGUGUUUUUAAAGGGCGUUAUUGCACGUCAAACCGGGGCAGAUGUGGUAGGCCGAAGGCUGGCAUGUGAGCUUCUUCUAGGUCUGGCAGCACAAAGAGGCUCCUUACGUUACCUGCUUGAGUGGGUAGAGAUGGCACUGGCUGCUUCAGUUGGACUUAACAGCCUGGAGCAGAGUGAAAGCCAGGAGGGCCUGAUGGGAUAUGACUGCUUUAUGAACAUACUAAUGCAGAUGAGACGAUCAUUGGGCUCUUCUGCAGACCGGAGCCAAUGGAGGGAGCCAACUCGUACACCUGAGGGCUUAUGCUCCCUGUAUGAGGCAGCACUCUGUCUGUUUGAAGAGGUCUGUCGCAUGGCAUCAGAUUACUCAAGAACUUGUGCAAGUCCAGACAGCAUUCAGACAGGUGAAGCAGCCAUGGUGUCUGAGACCUGUGAGGUGUAUGUCUGGGGCAGUAACAGCAGUCAUCAGCUAGUGGAAGGCACUCAGGAAAAGAUUCUACAGCCUAAACUAGCUGCCAGCUUUAGUGAUGCACAAACAAUUGAAGCUGGUCAGUAUUGCACUUUUGUCAUUUCCUCUGAUGGUUCUGUUCGGGCAUGUGGGAAGGGAAGCUAUGGCCGCCUUGGACUAGGUGACUCCAACAACCAGUCCACUCUUAAAAAGCUGACCUUUGAACCCCACCGUGCCAUCAAAAAAGCUUCCUCCUCCAAAGGCUCAGAUGGCCAUACACUGGCAUUCACAAGUGAGGGAGAGGUGUUCAGCUGGGGUGAUGGAGACUAUGGCAAACUGGGUCAUGGCAACAGCUCCACACAAAAAUACCCCAAACUCAUACAGGGACCCCUUCAAGGCAAGGUCGUGGUGUCUGUGUCAGCAGGUUACAGACACAGUGCAGCAGUUAGUGAGGAUGGUGAGCUGUACACAUGGGGAGAAGGUGACUUUGGAAGACUUGGCCAUGGUGACAGCAACAGCAGGAACAUUCCUACGCUUGUGAAAGACAUUAGUAAUGUAGGAGAGGUCUCCUGUGGAAGUUCCCACACAAUUGCACUUUCAAAAGAUGGUCGCACUGUCUGGUCUUUUGGAGGUGGUGACAAUGGUAAACUUGGUCAUGGUGACACCAAUCGAGUGUACAAGCCCAAAGUGGUGGAGGCUCUGCAGGGCAUGUUCAUCCGUAAAGUCUGUGCUGGCAGUCAGUCCUCUCUAGCCCUUACCUCCACUGGACAGGUGUAUGCAUGGGGAUGUGGUGCCUGUUUGGGGUGUGGCUCCUCUGAGGCCACUGCUCUAAGACCAAAGCUGAUAGAAGAAUUGGCCACUACUCGAGUUGUGGACAUCUCAAUAGGGGACAGUCAUUGCCUCGCAUUGUCACAUGAUAAUGAAGUUUAUGCAUGGGGUAACAACUCUAUGGGGCAGUGUGGUCAAGGCAAUUCAACUGGUCCCAUUACUAAACCCAAGAAGGUGAUUGGUUUAGAUGGAGUAGCCAUUCAGCAGAUUUCAGCUGGAACAUCCCACAGUUUGGCCUGGACUGCUCUACCUAGAGACAGGCAAGUAGUGGCAUGGCACAGGCCUUACUGUGUUGACCUGGAGGAGAGCACUUUUUCUCACCUGCGUUCAUUUUUGGAGCGAUAUUGUGAUGGUAUCAACAGCAAACUUCCUCCACCCCCAUUUCCCUCCUCCAAAGAGCAUCAUAAUUUUCUUAAGCUGUGCCUGAAGCUGUUGUCUAAUCACCUGGCAUUGGCACUGGCAGGAGGUGUGGCUACCAGUAUCCUUGGGCGACAGGCUCGGCCCCUUCGCAACUUGCUCUUUCGUUUGAUGGAUGCAUCAGUACCUGAUGAAAUUCAGGAGGCGGUCAUUGAGACUCUCUCAGUGGGUGCCACAAUGUUGCUGCCACCUCUUAGGGAAAGAAUGGAGCUUCUUCAUUCACUACUUCCUCAAGGACCUGAGCGCUGGGAGAGUCUCUCCAAAGGACAGAGAAUGCAACUGGACAUAAUUCUGACCAGUCUUCAGGAUCACACGCAUGUUGCAUCUCUGUUGGGCUACAGUUCCCCUCCUGAUGCCCCAGAGCCACUUACACAGUCCUCAGACUUGCAAACCCCUGGCACACAACUUGAUACACACCUUGCGGAGAUCCUUAUGAAGACUCUACUCAGGAACCUUGGCUUUUACACUGAUCAGGCAUUUGGAGAGUUGGAGAAAAACAGUGAUAAGCAGUUACAGGGCACAUCUUCAUCUGACAACAAUCAACCAGCUCACCUUCAUGAUCUCCUUUGUUCUUUACAGAAGCAUUUACUGGCCUACUGCCACAUGAAUCCUGUUACAGAGGAUUCCAGCAGCAUAGCUCUUCUUCAUAAACACCUGCAGCUGCUGCUUCCUCAUGCCACAGACAUUUUCACUCGCUCUGCUGUGCUGUUAAAAGAAAGUUCUGGAAAUGGUAGCGUGUGUGAAAAACUUCAAGAGGUGAUAUAUGUGUCUGCGGCUGGAAGCAUGCUGUGUCAGAUUAUUACAUCUCUACUGUUGUUGCCUGUGUGGGUGGCUCGAACACUGCUCAGUUUUCUGUUAGAUCUUCUCCCUCCAUUAGAUCGCCUUAACAGAUUACUGCCUGCUGCAUUUCCAUUAGAAGAUCAAGAGCUACAGUGGCCACUUCAUGGGAUCUCCGAGCUAAUGGAGCCAAUGUGCUUUUCAGGCCCAACACAGUUGUGGGUGUGGCUUGUGGAUCUGGAGCGCACAGUGGCUUUGCUAAUUGGCCAGUGCCUUGGUGGAAUGCUUCAAGGCACUGCUCCCUCACUGGAGGAACAACAUACUGCAUACUGGCUCAAAUCUCCACUUUUUAGCAGUGGCCUGGAAACAGACAUACCACAGCUAGACACAUGCAUUAGUUCACUGCUUGAGGUUGCUUUAUGUGGUAAUGAAGAGAAGAAGCCGUUUGACUGUCUGCUGCGUGCUGACCUGAACAUUUUAGUUGAGCUGGCCCUCGGCUCCACCAAGGAGCCUGCUCACAGCCUGUGGACCAACAUGCAAGACUUUGCCACCAGCAAAGACUGGGACAGUGCAUCCUUUACAAAUGAGGCUUUAUUGGACAUAGUAUCCCGCUUUGUUUUGGCCACUUUGCUGAAGCACACAGAACUGUUGGCCCAGGCCUGUGAAGAAGACAGGUAUCAGCCAUGUAAGCUGUUGGCAGAAGUGUAUCGCAGUGUGUAUAGAGUGAGGAAUCGAGUACUGGCUUGCAAGAACAUGGAGCUUGUCGAAGCCAACCCACCAUCCAGAGAGCGAAGGAUUUCUGAAAACGCAGAUUCUGUGGAGCUGGAUGCACAGGAACAUUCUUUUACUCGCACCAUUGAUGAGGAGGCUGAAUUAGAGGAGCGGGCAGAGAGAGAGAGAGACCAUGAGGAUGGCCAGCAGGACGAGGAGGAGAGGGAAAACGAGGUCAUGACUGCAGGAAAAAUCUUUCAAUGUUUUCUUUCAGCUCGAGAGGUGGCACGGGGUCGAGAGCGAGUCUGCACAGGCAGUAUCAGCGUCCAAGAGGAGUCUGUUGAACCUGGUGAGGAGCACAGCAACAGUACACCCCUACAGGAUGGGCAGGACCUUUUUACCGCCACCUGCAAUGGCAUCAUCCAUCGUUGUGCUAUGCUUCUAAUGGCUGUUAGCCCACCACUUGCACAACAGACCAAUCAGCAGCCUCUUUCCCACUGUCCCAUGCAGGAAGGAUGUGGUUUUAUGACCAGGAGUGAGAGUUUGUCAGCUGAGAGCCACUCUGUUCAAAGUAGCCUGAGUUACAGACUCGCCAAAUCCAGGAGUGAAUCUGACUUGUCACAACCAGAGUCUGAUGAAGAAGGAUAUUUGUUGACUGGCAAGAAGAAUGUUGAUCUGGAUUCAGCGUUCAACCAUAAAACGAGAGAUCUGCACAGUACUUUUGACUCUGCUGAUUGUUUUGGGCCUAGUUUGGGACGUGAUCACUUGUACAACUCAUCUCAGUCGUAUGAGGAAUCUGACCUUGAACUGAGCUGCACACUGCAGAUUCACACAUUGAUUGAUAACAUUGUCAACUUUUUCAUCGGUGAUAUGGGCAAUGCGUCUGGAUUCAAGGAACCAGAGGAGACCAUGUCCACCAGCCCCCAAGCUAUUAUUAUAGCCAUGGAGCAGCAGCAAAGCAGGGCAGAGGUGCGGCUGGAAGCCCUUCAUCAGAUUGUGGCAUUAAUAUCUGGGAUGGAGGAGAAAAGCAUCCAUACUGCUACAGUGGCUGGUCGUGCUGCCACCUUUAACUCUGCUUCUCUGUUAACAUCAGUAAGACUGCAGUUUUUGGCAGGGUGCUUUGGCUUAGGUUCCUCUCUUAAAGGAGAGAGUGUCCAGCUGCACCACUACCAGGAUGGAGUUCAAGCUGCAAAAAAAAGUUUACAGAUGGACAUUCAGGCAGCUGUACAUAAAAUCUAUCAGCAGCUCUCAGUCACACUGGAAAGAGCACUUCAGGCCAAUAAACACCAUAUUGAAACUCAGCAGAGGCUGCUGUUAGUGACAGUCUUUGCCCUAAGUGUGCGUUACCAGCCAGUAGAUGUGUCGCUGGCAAUCUCCAGCGGCCUGCUUGAAGUGCUUUCUCAGCUGUGCGGAAAAGAAACCCUACUGGGUCAAACUCUACAGCUCCUGCACAAACCUGCGGGCUCUCAGCUCAGCACAGCACUCAAAGUGGCCAGCACUAGAUUGCUGCAGAUUCUCGCCAUCAGCACCGGAACAUAUGCAGACAGGUUGAGUCCCAAGGUUGUGCAGGCUCUACUGGACCUGCUGUGCAGUCAGCUUAAGACGUUGCUGUCCCAGGCUGCAGGCAGUGUAUUUAGUCCAGAGCAUGACGAGAAAACAGAGGAUUGCCCAGAGGCCAAGAAAAAAGACUUGAGGGCAUUACUGCGCAGACAGCACACAGCAGAGUUACACCUGGGGGACUUUCUUGUGUUCCUGCGACGGGUUGUAUCAUCCAAAGCUAUACAGUCCAAGAUGGCCUCUCCCAAAUGGACUGAAGUGUUGCUUAAUAUUGCAUCUCAGAAAUGCUGUUCAGGUCUUCCAUUAGUGGGAAAUUUAAGAACACGUCUGUUGGCCCUGCAUGUUUUGGAAGCUGUGCUUCCUGCUUGUGAGAGUUCUGUUGAGGAUCAUCAAAAAAACCAGGUGGUGGAAAGGCUGUUCUCUCUGCUGUCUGACUGCAUGUGGGAGGUGCCAGUAGCUCAGGUCAAACACUCCCUGAAAGAGAGAGAGCAAGAGAUCAAACUCCAGACUGAGACAGAGGAGGAAGAGGAAAAUCUACCCAUACAAGAAGUAAUUUUUGACCCAGAAAAGGCCCAGUGCUGCGUGGUGGAGAAUGGUCAGGGUCUAACGCAUGGCAGUGGAGGCAAAGGCUAUGGACUUGCAGCCACAGGCAUCUCUUCAGGCUGCUACCAGUGGAAGUUCUUCAUUGUUAAAGAGAAUCGUGGAAAUGAGGGCACUUGUGUGGGUGUGUCGCGCUGGCCUGUGCAUGACUUUAACCACCGCACCACAGCUGACAUGUGGCUUUACCGGGCCUACAGUGGAAACCUGUACCACAAUGGAGAGCAGACACUUGCAUUAUCCAGCUACACACAGGGGGACUACAUCACCUGCGUGUUGGACAUGGAGGCUCGCACUGUGUCGUUUGGCAAGAAUGGAGAGGAGCCCAAACUGGCCUUUGAAGAUGUGGAUGCAACAGAGCUCUAUCCAUGUGUGAUGUUCUACAGCAGCAACCCUGGAGAAAAGGUCAAAAUCUGUGAAAUGCAAAUGCGAGGUACACCUCGUGACCUUUUAGCUGGUGACCCUAUCUGCAGUCCUGUAGCCACUGUUCUGGUAGAGGCUGUCUCACAGUUGGUAAGGAUUCUGCACCGCUCAGAUGGCUGGACACAGUCAAUAAACAGGUGCAUGCUACAGCGGCUGCAGCAGAUCCGUGGCUGUCUGCGUGAUGGCUUGCCGACUCCAGGAGGUACAAGGCUCCGCAAAAGCCAGUCAGUACAGAGCCGGGAUGAGCAGAAUGAUGUAAAGGAAGAAGAUCGGGGGGAGGAGGAAAGGAUGAGAAGUGGCCGUGAGCUAACAGAGUUGCAACUACGUACACUGUGCAACCUUGUGUGGCCAGUUCUUGCUGUGAUUGGAGGUACGGAUGGAGGUUUGAGGGUUGGCGGCCGCUGCAUACAUAAGCAAACUGGAAGACAUGCCACUCUGCUGGGGUUGGUAAAGGAAGGCAGCAUGUCUGCUAAAGUGCAGUGGGACGAGGCUGAAAUCACUAUCAGUGACACACCACUGUACAACUUGGAGCCAUGUGAGCCACUGCCGUUUGAUGUGGCACGCUUCCGAGGCCUGACAGCUACACUACUGCUGGACCUCACUGCUCUGGCAUCUCUACAAGAUGAUUUUGCCAAAUUCACAUCUUCCUCCUCUUCCUCUUCUUCCUUGUACCGCCAUGACCGCAGAUACCGCCACGAGCCUCAGGAUCUAGAGCGAGAGGUCAGUGAAGGAACAGGAGAUCUUCGUGUCUCUCAUAGCCUGGAUGAAGUGCGCUCCCACACCAGUCUUUACCCUGAGAUACAGAAGGCACCAGUGCUGGCUGAAGUGCAUGCUGUACAGCUGUCUUACCUUUGCUUGGGUGCCAUGAAAAGCCUAAGUGUGUUGCUGAGCUGCAGCAAAUACGCUGAGCUACUGCUCAUUCCUAAAGCCAUGCCUGAAGGUGGACACAAUGCUGACUGUGGAAGCCAGAGUGUCUCUGUUUUGCAGGAAGAAGCCGAGAUGCGCUCAGCAUUGCAGUUUCUUAUGCGCCACAUGGUAAAGCGAGCUGUAAUGAGGUCUCCCAUUAAACGGGUGCUAAGCCUGGCCGACCUGGAGCGGGCACAGGCCAUGAUCUACAAGCUUGUGGUUAAUAGUGUGCUGGAGGAGCAGGAUGGUGGGAGAACCAAACGAGUAAAUGUCGAAAAUGACGAGCUGGAAGGUGAGCAACAGUUCCAGACUCCAGUUACCACCUCCCCCUCAGCUUCCAGCAGCACCUCCUUUAUGAGUUCCUCUCUGGAGGACACCACCACAGCAACCACACCUGUCACCACUGCAACUACACCAGUUACAGAUGCAGAGACUGCACCAGCUUCAGAGUCACCAGGAGUUAUGCCCCUAAGUCUUCUCAGACAAAUGUUCUCCAGUUAUCCCACCACCACACUGUUGCCAGCUCGUCGAGCUCAGACUCCUCCUGUCUCAUCUUUACCUACUUCACCUUCAGAGGAACAUGGUCGCAGGCAAAGCCUAAACUCCCCAGAGUCUCAGCCUGCCAGAACUACCAACAGAACAGCAUUGUCGGAUCCCAGCAGCCGUCUCUCCACAUCUCCUCCUCCCCCCGCUAUUGCCGUGCCUCUGCUAGAAAUGGGGUUCUCGCUAAGACAGAUCAUGAACGCUCUUGCAGCCACAGGUGCUCGAGGUGAGGCAGAUGCUCAGAACAUCACAGUCCUAGCUAUGUGGAUGAUUGAGCAUCCAGGAACUGAAGACUCUGAAGAGUCUUGCACUGCAGCUUCGGACUCCUGCUCAGGAGGGGACAAGAGUUCAGAGAGAAGCUACCUGCGAUCUCCUGGAGACAUCCCCAAUGUUGAUGCGCAAGAGAUGGAGGAAGGUUUCAACGAAAGCAAUGAAGGACUAGAUCAGGACUCUGCCUCCAGCCUCAACCCACGAGGGCGCUCAGCCCUGAGUAGGAAGCAUCGCUUUGACCUUGCAGCUCGCACUUUGCUAGCUCGUGCAGCUGGACUGUAUAAUUCGGUCCAUGCUCACCGUGCUCAGGUGCGAAGGGAGAAUUCAGGGCUGCAGCAGGACCCAGGCUCAUUAAGGGGUGCUUAUGAUUUCAAUCUGGAUGAAGAGCUAGAGCUGGAGUUGGACCAAGAGGCAAUGGAAGCCAUGUUCACCCAGGAGCUGGCCUCUGAUUCAGACAUCCUUGGAAUGUGGAUCCCGGAGGUAUUGGAUUGGCCAACAUGGCAUGUAUGUGAGACAGAGGAGAGAGAGGAGGUUGUGGUAUGUGAGCUGUGUGAGGCAAAGGUGUCCAGCUUCAAUCAACACAUGAAAAAGAGCCAUCCAGGCUGUGGGCGCAGUGCUAACCGGCAGGGCUACCGCAGCAAUGGCUCCUAUGUGGAUGGUUGGUUUGGGGGCGAGUGUGGUAGUGGGAACCCUUACUACCUGCUUUGUGGUACCUGCAGGGAGAAGUAUCUAAGCAUGAAGAGCAAGGCCAAAGGUUUGCCAGAGAGAUACAAGGGUCAAGCCCCAGACCUGCUUGGAAAGCAAGACAGUGUCAUUGAAGAGGAUUGGGACAUGCUUGAUGUGGAUGAUGCUGAGAGACUAACAGGGGAAGAGGAGUUUGAACUGCUGUUAAUGCCUCUUGGGCUCAGUGAACGCAAACUUGUACCUGAUGCCGUUCAUUUUUCAGACACAGACCCUCUUGGAUCGUCUGUUGCCAUGAUUACUGCCGCCAAUAGCAUGGAGGAAACCCUGCUGCAGAUAGGCUGCCAAAGUUCAGUUGAUAAAAAUUCAUCUGGUCAACUGACUUUGGGGGAGCAGGCGGCAGGGCUGCAGAGGUCUGCUGAUCAUAUCAUAGCUUUAAGGAGAGUCGCUUCAGCUGCUCAAAUCCUGCUGGCAAGAACUAUGGUCAUGAGAGCACUAUCUUUACUCUCAGUCAGUGGCUCUAGCUGCAGUCUGGCUGCUGGACUGGAGUCCCUGGGCCUUACGGAUAUUAGGACCCUGGUGCGUUUAAUGUGUCUUGCCGCGGCUGGUCGGGCAGGUCUCUCUGCUGGCCUUGGCUCUGGUCCUGCAGCAUUAGACCGGCCUCGUGGAGCCAACAAGCCCACCAAACCUAUCUCCUGUCUUGCUUACCUCAGCACCGCUGUGGGCUGCCUUGCAUCAAACAGCCCCAGUGCUGCCAAGCUGCUUGUCCAACUGUGCACCCAAAACUUAAUUUCCGCAGCCACAGGAAUGAACCUGACCACUGUGGACGAUCCUAUUCAGAGAAAGUUUUUGCCUAGUUUUCUACGAGGUGUGGCAGAAGAGAACAAGCUGGUCACCUCGCCUAACUUUGUGGUGACACAAGCUUUGGUGGCCCUCCUAGCAGACAAGGGAGCAAGACUAAGACCCAGCUAUGACAGUUCUGAAUUAGAGAGGAAAGGCCCGCUGGAGUUGGCCAAUGCGCUGGCAGCAUGCUGUCUGUCGUCCCGCCUCUCAUCGCAGCACCGCCAAUGGGCUGCACAGCAGCUGGUCCGCACACUCGCCGCCCAUGACCGUGACAACCAAAGCCAACCACAGACCUAUGCUGACAUGUCUGGAGACCUACGCAAGUGCUCUACUAUAAAGUUAGAGGCUCACCAUGGCAAAGUAAUCUCCUGUGGAUGGUGUAACAAGAAGGGUCUGUUGGCCACCAGUGGGAAUGAUGGAACUGUUCGUGUGUGGAAUGUGAACAAAAAUCAGUACACUCUGCAACAGACUUGUGUCUUCAACAAAAUAGAUGGUACCCCUGAUGAGUGUGUGAGUGGACUUGGGUCUCCAAGUGAACCUGGCCUGGCAUCAGUUGCCUGGAGUGUAAGUGGAAAGUUCCUGGCUGCCGCCUUAGAGAAAGUGGUCAACAUCUGGCAGGUCAAUGGCGGUAAAGGCUUGUUGGACAUCCAGCCUCACUGGGUCUCAUCGCUGGCAUGGCCAGAGAAUGAGGCCGGGGGUCCCUGUGCUGGGGAAUCUCAUGAGCUGCUACUGGUUGGUCGCAUAGAUGGAACUUUGAGCUUGCUGGAAGUUCUGGAUCCCUCAAACAUGCAGAGAACUGAACUACAACACUGCUAUAGAAAAGAUGUGGCAGUGAUGCACAUUGCAUGGUACAGUGAGGAUCGCCCGUUUGUUGUUGGCUAUUCUGAUGGAAAGCUUCUGAUUGGGUGUAAAGAAGCUCUGGAAAAUGGAUCUGUGAUCAUCAUAGAUGCACAUAAGGAGAGCAUCAGUUCAUUGCAUUGGGCACCAGGUGGCCAGAUCCUGCUAAGCUGUGCCAAAGAAGAGGUGGUGCAUCUAUGGGCAGAGUCUGGGAUAGGGCUUGGAAAGAGCUGGGGAUGUCUUCAAAGCAUCACACAUCCCAGUGUUGUAAAUGCUGUUGCUUGGUGCAACCUGCCUGGGCAAGAACCCAAAGCUCUCAACAUGAUGGCCACGUGUUGCCAAAAUGGCCUGGUGUCUGUGUGGACUGUACCUCAGGACCCUUCAGCCUUUUCCCAGUCCGGUUCAGCCAGCACAGAGGCAUGGUGGGAAAUGGAUUCUAAGUCUAAACCCAAGCUGGCCCCACAAUGGUGUAAGGCAGCAGUGUGCAUCUUUCAACUGCGGGGUCAUAUAACACCUGUUAAGACAAUAGCGUUUAGUCCAGACGGUCUGGCUCUGGUGUCUGGGGGUGUAGGAGGGCUCCUGAACAUCUGGUCACUUCGGGAUGGCUCAGUGCUGCAGACUGUUGUUGCUGGCUCUGGAGCUAUUCAGAAUACUGUGUGGAUCCCAGAUGUUGGAGUGGCUGUCUGCUCCAGUCGAUCAAAGGAUGUUCUAGUUGUUAAUUGUUCUAUGGAGUUCAUGGCAGCCAACCAUGUAUUAGCAACCUGUCGCAGUGCCCUAAAGAAACAGGGAGUUGUGGGACUAAACAUGGCUCCCUGCAUGAGGGCCUUCCUAGAGAGACUCCCCAUCAUGCUUCAGGAACAGUACGCAUAUGAAAAGCCACAUGUGGUGUGUGGAGAGCAGCUGAUCCACAGCCCCUAUAUGCAGUGUUUGGCCUCUUUGGGUGUUGGGCUACAGCUGGACACUCUACUAUGUCACCCUCCUGUGCCACCUCACCUUGUCCAUUGUACUCUUCAACCUGGCUCUUCAUCUGGCUCAUCAUCUCCCUCUUCCUGCACUUCACCACAUUUACAUUUGUGGGGCAGCAGUGACUGGUCAUGGCUUCACUGCUUUUCCACUACUGUAAAGACAGCUGAGGCUCUCGCUCGAGGACACUCUUUCCCAGAAUCCUUUAGUGUGCCUGAUUUGGAGCCUGUGGCCAAGGACAAGAUGUCAUUGCUAAUGGAUAACAGUAAAUGGACUGCUGGGAUGGAUGAGCACAUAAUGUCAUGGGCCACAUUUAGACCUGAGGACUGGCACCUUGGUGGAAAAUGUGAUGUGUAUUUGUGGGGGGCAGGUCGUCAUGGUCAGCUUGCAGAGGCUGGACGGAACAUUCUGGUGCCUACACUUGCUACCUCUUUCUCUCAGGCUCAGCAGGUUGUAUGUGGGCAGAACUGCACAUUCGGGAUUCAGGCCAAUGGAACAGUGUCUGCAUGUGGAGAGGGCAGCUAUGGUCGCCUGGGGCAGGGCAAUUCUGAUGACUUGCAUAUUCUCACUGUCAUCUCAGCACUGCAAGGCUUUGUGGUAACCCAGCUAGUUACUUCCUGUGGCUCUGAUGGACACUCAAUGGCUUUGACUGAGAGUGGUGAGGUGUUUAGCUGGGGAGAUGGUGACUAUGGCAAACUGGGCCAUGGCAACAGUGAUCGUCAACGAAGACCACGACAGAUAGAGGCCCUGCAAGGGGAGGAGGUGGUGCAGAUGUCUUGUGGGUUUAAGCACUCUGCUGUAGUAACAGCGGAUGGAAAGCUGUUUUGCUUUGGGAAUGGAGACUAUGGCAGACUCGGCCUUGGCAACACAUCCAAUAAGAAACUGCCUGAGAGAGUCAAUGCCCUGGAGGGUCAUCAGGUUGGCCAGGUGGCUUGUGGUCUAAAUCAUACCUUGGUGGUGUCAGCUGAUGGAAUGACAGUCUGGGCAUUUGGAGACGGAGACUACGGGAAGCUGGGUCUUGGUAACUCAACUGCUAAAUCUUCACCACAGAAAGUGGAUGUUCUGUGUGGAAUUGGGAUUAAAAAGGUUGCUUGUGGGACCCAGUUUUCUGUGGCUUUGACCAAAGAUGGAAACAUUUACACUUUUGGCCAAGAUCGUCUGAUUGGUCUGCCAGAGGGGCGGGCACGCAAUCACAAUCGGCCCCAGCAGGUGCCUGCCCUAUUGGGUGUAUUCAUUGUGGAUGUUGCAGUGGGCUCGGAGCAUACACUUGCUCUCUCAUCCACAGGAGAUGUUUAUGCUUGGGGUAGCAACUCUGAGGGACAACUGGGUCUGGGCCACACAAACCACGUAAGAGAGCCAACUCUUAUUACCGUUCUGCAAGGCAAGAACAUCCUGCAGAUAUCCGCAGGACGCUGCCACAGUGCAGCAUGGACCGCACCAUCAAUCCCACAGAGAGCUCCAGGAUCUUCAGUACCACUGCAGUUAGGCUUGCCUGUAAGUGUGCCUCCUCAGUAUAAUGCUCUGCGAGAUGUUAGCAUGGAGGUACUGAGGGCCAGACUGCGUCUGCUCUACCAUUUUUCUGACCUUAUGUACUCCUCCUGGAAACUGCUCAAUCUUAGCCCCAACAACCAGAGUUGCACAUCACAUUAUAACCAAGGAACUUGGGGUAUAGUUCAAGGGCAGCUGAGGCCCCUGCUGGCCCCACGUGUUUAUAUGCUUCCAAUGGUGCGCUCCAUUGGUAAGACUAUGGUCCAGGGAAAGAACUACGGCCCUCAGAUCACCGUCAAGAGAAUUUCCACUCGAGGGCGGAAAUGUAAGCCCAUCUUUGUGCAGAUUGCUCGACAGGUGGUGAAGCUGAACGCAUCUGAUCUAAGGCUGCCAUCCCGUGCUUGGAAAGUCAAGCUAGUGGGAGAGGGAGCUGAUGAUGCCGGAGGAGUGUUUGAUGACACAAUCACUGAAAUGUGUCAGGAACUUGAGACAGGGGUGGUUGACCUUCUUAUUCCCUCUCCUAAUGCUACAGCGGAAGUAGGCUACAACAGAGACAGGUUUCUGUUGAAUCCAUCAGCUUGCCUGGAUGAGCAUUUUCUGCAGUUCAGGUUUUUGGGCAUCCUAAUGGGUGUGGCCAUCCGCACCAAAAAACCACUGGAUUUGCAUUUGGCACCGAUGGUUUGGAAGCAGCUGUGUUGCAUCCCACUCACACUGGAGGACCUGGAGGAAGUGGACCUACUCUAUGUGCAGACACUAAACAGCAUCCUUCAUCUGGAAGACAGCAGCAUCACUGAACAGAACUUCCAUGAGAUGAUUCCUCUUGACUCAUUUGUGGGUCAAAGUGCUGAUGGGAAAAUGGUGCCUAUUAUCCCGGGAGGAAACAGCAUUCCACUGACCUUCUCUAAUAGAAAGGAGUAUGUAGAGCGUGCCAUAGAAUACCGGCUACAUGAAAUCGACCGUCAGGUAGCAGCAGUACGUGAAGGCAUGUCAUGGAUUGUGCCAGUUCCCCUGCUUUCACUGCUGACAGCACGCCAACUGGAGCAAAUGGUGUGCGGCCUUCCAGAGAUCAGUGUUGACGUACUAAAGAAGGUGGUGCGCUACCGUGAGGUGGAGGAGCAACAGCAGCUAGUUCAGUGGUUCUGGCAGACACUGGAAGAGUUCUCCAAUGAAGAACGGAUGCUUUUUAUGCGCUUUGUCUCUGGCCGCUCACGCCUUCCUGCAAACAUGGCCGACAUCUCACAGCGCUUCCAAAUCAUGAAGGUGGACCGGCCAUAUGAUAGUCUUCCCACUUCUCAGACUUGUUUCUUCCAACUUCGCCUUCCACCCUACUCCAGCCAGUCUAUGAUGGCAGAGCGGCUGCGCUAUGCUAUCAACAACUGCCGUUCAAUUGACAUGGACAACUACAUGUUGUCUCGAAAUGUUGAUAACGCAGAGGGUUCAGACACUGACUACUAAACCUCUACCUUGCACAAAAACAGACGUUUGGUAAAUCCUGUAUGAAUACAGAUGAAAACUUGGUGCAGGCUUUUUAAACGGUGAACAUUUACAUAGAAAUGCUUAAUUAACUCAGUGUUUUUAUCAUUACUACUUUUAUUAGCAGUUACGGUAAUCAAGUUGGCCUAAUUUAUCAAAUAGGAUACAGUUUCUUUAGCACAUUUUUUGUUCAUUCUUUUUCAUGGUUUUUUGGAAUAUGAUUAUUACAUUUGGGAAAUGUGUAUAAAAUGAUCUCUUGAAAAAGGAUUGAAAUGUUGUACAUUCUGUAUAAUGCUUAAUUAGGAAAUUGUUUUAGUAUCAAUAUUUAUUUUGUUUUAACUUUAUUUAAUUGCCUACACCCAGUUCCAUAAUGCAGCCAAAUAAAUGCAUCAAUAUUG